CCUUGUCCUGUAGGUUCCUAAAUACAUUUGUAUGCAUUUGUCCGUGCAGCAAAGCGCUAACGGAAAACAGAGGCCAGCUCCGAACUGCUAAAGGUGCAGCCACUCCUGCCUCUUCACUAUUCUUCCCAAAAGAAGAGUUUCAAGACAUGGAGCUGUGGAAAUGGAAUGCAGUGUUUUGCCACAGCAUGCAUGAAGAGGGAACAGGUGAAGGUACAUUGGGCCUACAGAAGAGUAAUAGAAAAAUGACGGAAAACCUCUUGGUGCCUGAGAACGGGGAAGGUCCAACAUCAAGGCCUGGGUGCCCAGGAUUAUGUGAGUCAAGACCACAGCUGGCCAUCAAGGAAGAUGGGAAGUUCACUCUACAGAACCAGUCCUCCCAAGACUGGAAUCUUCAAAUUACAGAAACCUCCACUGUCCCCAGGAUGAGGCCAACACUGAGCAAAGUCAUUGCCCUGCACAACAUGGGACUUGAGGAUAGGGAAGGGAUAGUGGGGAGUGCAGUCACUCAGAGGAGACUGAAACUGCUGCCCAACACUGGGAAGUCCUCUAUCUUCCAAUCUACUCCACCAUCAGCUAGCUGCCAGAGGAAUGUGGAACUAUCGUUCUCAGUUGGGAACCAUAACUCCAGGCUCAUGGGAGAGGACCACAGCUUUAGCUCACAGGAGGCAACCACAAUUCUUGCUCAGAGGAGAGAACCACAGCUCCAGGUUCAUAGGACAAAACCACAGCUCCAGCUCACAGGAGGGGACUAGGACUCUGGCUCAAAGGAGGGAACCACAGCUCCAGGCUCACGGGAGAAACACAGCUACAGGCUCAAGGGAGAGGACUACAGAUCCAGGUUCAUAGGAGACAGCCACAGAGCCAGGCUCAUCAGAAACACCACAACCUCAGGCCCAGAGAGGCAACAGCAGUUCUAGGCUCCCCGGAGGGAUCACGAUUCCAACUACACUGGUUCCUACCAUUUUCUUCUCUCCAUCGCUCUGUCCACGUGAUUAUACUUAUCUUUAAGGAAGAGCGUUUAGCUUCUGUGCAAAAAACAGAGGCAAUAGUUUCUUGCUGGCUUGAAUUACCACUAGAGGAACAUGAAUAUUGGAGAAAACCACUUUUUCCUUUUGCUCAAGGAGAUGGAUGGAUGAGUGUUCUCGUCUUCAUGGGCAAGGAUCCACUUGCUUUUAUGGAAGAUUUCACAUCUUCCUCCAUGGCCUGGGACCAGUGUUGAGACAUCUUUUUACUGGAGUCACGUUUUGCCGAGGCUGCUGCCACUGCCGUCAUUACUCUGGCGCCUGCAGUCCCGCGGCCAUCUUGCUUCACCAGUUUGCUUUCUUAAUUGCCAAGUCCUUUCUCACCUGUGCUUGAUGAUUGGCCCUUGUCCUCCUUGGGGUUGCUCACCCUGGUGGUGAAAGCUGGGCUGUCCACUGGUGCACAGUGCAGUCUCCACCCACAGGCCAGGCCUGGUCAGCCAGGAACAUGGGAGCGCAACUUGGGAAAGCCUUCACAGUUGCGGCCUGGUUGUGCUGCCAUCUGGCCUGGACUACUAGAGGGGCAGCCAGGGCCCAGAUACCAGACCAAUCCCAUCACUGCCACUAAGCUCAAGUGACUGCAACCUCUCAAAUGAACCCCAGAAGUCUGAUUUUAUCUCUUGCACUAUAUCUGUUCAUUAAAAUUAUUUUU